AUGGCAACAGGCGUACUGUGCGACAAGAAAGUCCCUGUUCGACUGAAGUCGAAGAUCUACAGGACGGUUGUGCGUCCUGUUGCCCUUUACGGAUGCGAGUGCUGGCCGACGACGAAAACCUUAGAAAGAGUGUUGCACGCUAUGGAGAUGCGAAUGUUAAGGUGGACGAUAGGUGUAACGCUAAGAGAGAAAGUAUCCAACGACACUGUGCGCUCCAUCUUCGGCGUCGUCUCGAUAACUGAGAAGAUGAAGGAGGCCCGACUGAGAUGGUUCGGUCACGUCUUGCGGCGAGAGGAAGAUUCUGUUGCCAAAACCGCACUGAAGCUCGACGUUUUAGGAGUGAGGCCGCGUGGGAGGCCAAAGAUUCGCUGGUUAGACCGUGUGAAGCUGGAUAUGAUAGAUGCGCGUUUAUGUACGGCUGAUGCAAUGGAUAGAACCAAAUGGAAGACAAGAAGCAGAAAAGCGGACCCUGCAACAACGCGGGACAAACGCUAG